AUGAAUUCAUCCCAUUCCAUUCUAAGCAGUGAUGUCUGGGUUCCGCCCCCAGAUUCUCGUGCUUACAUCCUCACUCCUAUGUUAAUUACGGUGAUGACGAUUUCCAGCUUGCUUGUUCUUUUACGGUUGAUCACAAGAAUAUUCUUGAUCAAAGCGCUAGGAGUUGAUGACUUGCUAUCGGUUGCGUCGCUGUCAGCUAACAUGAAGGCAGGUAUUCAGGAGGGGGAAGGAACACAUAUACACGAAGUCCCGAUCGUCAAGCUUCCGCAUUAUCUCAGUCUAGUGGCUACGAAUGAGCUACUCUUCAUUUUCUCGCUCUGCAUAGUGCGAUUCUCCAACCUUGCAUUUUUCUUUCGACUAAGCAGAGACAAAUGGUUUGUCAGGGGUAUCUAUGCUGUCGGGUUCCUGGUGUUUUCGAUCACCUUAAUUGCCGUUGCCUUUAUUCUGUCCAAGUGCAAAGAUGUGAGAGACCUGUGGAAUAUCAACAACCCAAACCGGGAGUGCAAGUCGUUCAAUGCGGAGCUAUCGGUCAUGAUCUUCCACGCCGCGAUGGGGAUCUUCAUUGACAUGAGCAUCCUGGCGCUGCCCAUCUGGAUCGUUUUCCGAAAGAUGAAAUUCUCGCCCAAGAUGGUUCGGGUAGUUCUUAUUUUUUGCGUUGGCGCUCUAUCUAUUAUUGCAGGGGUUCUGAGACUCAUCUAUCACGUCCUCAAUUUCGACGCUGAUAUGUACGUGUACACCCUCCAGCUCUCCAGCGACCUCAAUAUAGAAACGAUAAUCACUUACAAAGUUGGUGUCAUAUCACUAUGGGGUGGUAUUGAGGGACACCUUGGGCUCUGGACAGCGUGCUUCCCUGCUCUGCAGCCCCUUUUUCGACUGGCUGGCGCAAAACUAAGCAUUUCGUGGAGAACCCAAGCCGUGAAGGAAAGACAUACAAGCUAUGAUAAGCCAUGA